CUUCUCUUUUACUGUCAGUUUUCACUCAGCCAUCUUUGUGUUCACACUCAUAUUUGCUUUCUGAUGUUUCAGGAUGAAUGCCGCAAACAAGACCACAACUGAAGCUCGAAAGAAAGACAAUUUCAUCAUGUCCACAGGCUACACAAAAGUUAACACAACUGUGUUUGAUGGUGUAUCUCACAGCAAACCUGAUACCAAGCCAGUCAAAAACCAUUCACAUAACACAGCAUCUCGGCCUGACUGGAUUCUCUACACAGUUCCUGCAUCAGCCUUUUUGAUUGGGAUUGUUCUGUUCACCUUCAUCUGCAAAACACAACGACGCAGGAAUGCACGUACACAGCAGAGGACACACAUAAAUGGACACGUUGCCACUUUUGGGCUCUCUGUGAGAUGGAUAGAGAGUGCUAAAAACAUCAAGAAGGACGAGACGCAGUCCUAUGAGAAUGUAGAUGCAGCUAUUUACAGCAAUCAAGACAAAGUCACGUAUUUUGUGUCUGCAGAUGAAGAUUAUCUUGAACCUGAUGCAAUUGGGGAAGAGGAAGUAGCGGCGCCAGAGGAACACCAGAACACCCUACAACCGCCCGGCAACUUGACAGACACCGACGGAGAGUCGUAUGAGAACAUGGAGGGAUGUGUGUAUGCUCAACCCCGAAAAUGGACACAGAAACAGCGGCAUGCGACUGAAGACGAGGACUACAUCAAUCCAGAUGAAGACGGAAAACAAGAUCUCGCUCUGGACCACACAGACACUGAGUCGUAUGAAAUCAUGGCCGGAUCAGACUGUAUAUACAACAACGCAGAAUCCCAAGACACCACAGAGGACGAUUCAUAUGAACAGAUGCAUGGAAUCCCAGUCCCGGUCCAGAAAGAGAUGGUUGGAUGAAGAAAGGGGGAAUGACAGAGGAAUGGAUAACUGCCGUGUCUGACGAUAGGAGGAAUAGGGAAACAGAGAGGUUUUUUUUCUAUGAUUAAACCCUAAGAGAGCACCUACAGAAUGAGUAAUUGCUAAUUAUUAUUUUUUACAACUUUGUAAACAUAAGUACUUAUCAAAAACAACCUUGAAAUAAAAUCGGUUUACUUUUUUG